UUAAGGGUCAAAGGUGAGCUAGUGAGGCAGAGAUGAGUCUGACUUCCUGGUUCCUGGUGAGCGGCGGCGGGACGCGUCAUCGCCUCCCCAGGGAGAUGAUCUUUGUGGGGAGGGACGACUGUGAGCUGAUGCUGCAGUCCCGCAGUGUGGACAAACAGCACGCCGUCAUCAACUAUGAGCCGAAUACAGAUGAACAUAAAGUCAAAGACCUGGGCAGCUUAAAUGGGACAUUUGUCAAUGAUGUAAGGAUACAGGAGCAAAUCUACGUCACACUGAAAAUGGAUGACAAAUUGAGGUUUGGAUAUGAUACCAACCUGUUCACUGUGGUUCGAGGAGAGAUGCAUAUUCCAGAGGAGGCCCUCAAGCAUGAGAAGUUCAGCAGUCAGCUUCAGCUGAACCAGAAAAAACCUACAAAGGGGGAGUUUUCUAAGUCUGAGGUGAAACCCUCCGAGGCUGCAACAGCACCAGUGUGUGAGGGGGCCGGCGCCAAGCCCCCCGAGGCCAGCAGGGUGGAGGAUAAGACGACAGGGGACCUAGCAGUGUUUCACAGAGGCACGCCACUCUAUGGCCAGCCUGCCUGGUGGGGAGAUGGAGAGGCAGAUGACCAGCAACAUGGGAGGCCAGAGGAAAAGGGCUUAGAUCGGAAGCGGGAAAAAACUGAAACAGACACCAAGAAAAGUACAGAGGUCCCAAAGUCUGCCCUCCAAACAGCUUCCAAUCAGGAGCCUAGCUACUUUGAGAUCCCCACCAAGGAAACUCCCUCAGCAGGUACAGUGAGUGCUGAAGCCCCCUCACAAGAACAAGAGGCUGGUGCGUCUUCUGCUGCAGAGCCCAGCCAUGGACACGCAUCCUUCACCAUUGAGUUUGACCCUGGGGCAACAGGUAAAGUGACUGUCAAAGAUCGAGUGGCGAAGGUGGGACCAGAGACCAGGCCACGUCCUAAAAGGGCCGUCGGGGAGGAGCUGAGUCCGCUUCAGACAGCCAUGGUAGCUGCAGAGGUCAAAGUUGCAGACUGGCUGGCCCAAAAUGAGCUGCCGUUGGCUCUGAAAGAUACAGUUACAGAGGAUGAUGGGGAAAGUGUGAAGAGUGAUGUGCCUGUACAACUGAAGAGUCUUAAAGACAGCAAACAUGAGGACGGAACGCAGAGCGACUCGGAGAAUGCACUUGGAGAUCAGCGCAGGGCUGCAGCAAUGGAGGAACGCUCGUGGGGACUCUGGGGCGGAGCAGGGAUGAAGAUCAGAGAGGGUCGUGCUAACGUACCAGAGGGGCUCUUCGCAGAGGAAGACAGUCCUGCUCGUCGUCGCAAGUCUUCAACUUCCAAAGUGGCAAGUGGAUUUGUGGAGAGGCGACGUGGAGAGGCACCACAUCAGCAGAGUGGCCGUGAUGAGUGCUAUCACCAUGGGGAUGAUUAUAGUGACAGAGGGACCUAUACCAUUGAGCUGGAGAAUGGAGAUCAUGAAGAGGAAGAGGCUAGGAAAAUGAUUGACAAGGUGUUUGGUGUGGAUGAGCAGGAGGCUGUGUGUGUGUCCAGGGUGGGGAGUGCUGACCAAAGAGAGAGGCUCACCUCCCAGAGAUCUGGUACUGGAGACAGAGGAAAGCCUGGACGCAUGGAGACAGAGGUUCUACCUGAGGAACUGGUAGUGGGUGGUCCUCGGUGGGUCUCACAGUGGGCUACUCUGGCUGCAAGUCACAUUAGGACAGACCCUGAGGGAUCUGGAGGGGAGAGUCACAUCAUGGUCACAGAGGACAGAGCUGAAAUAAGUGAGUCCAGCCACUCAGCCUCUUUUGCCUCAUCUGGCUACACAGAACGUAAGAGGAGAACCCUGCCUCAGCUGCCUGGUGAGGAGCUUGUUCUAGGAAGGAGGACCCCAGGAUCAGGCCUGCGUGCAGAUAUGGGGGAGAAACAAGACACAGAGCUACAAGAGAAGGAGAACCAGGGGGAGAAGAUGACCAGGGGAAAGAAUCGGUCUGCUCAUGGCACUGGAGGUAUGGGCAGUCACAGCGGCAGCCCCAGUCGCUCUUCACCAGCAAAGUCGCAGGACAGUGGUGGUGGGACAUCAGGCAAGACAGGUGUGUUGGCCAAGCUCCCCCCUCGUCCACUGACCAGUGGAGAGAAAAGGAUGGAGGAGGCACGGAGGAGGAAAAAGGAAGAGGAGAAGGCUAGGGAAAGUAGUGGGAAACCAUUGUUGAGGCAGGAGAGUUUUACUGUGGAGAAACCAAGCUCUAACGUGCCCAUUGAGCUCAUACCUCGUAUCGAUGGGCUCACACGCAGCAGAACUCAGAGCAGGGAGGCUGGAAUUGACAGCGCCACUAUCCAGAAAGACUCAGAAGCUGUGGCAGCCUUUCUAGAGACGACUGUUUCAGACCAAGGUGAUCCACCAAGUCAGUCCAUUGAAGGCUCCAUGUCACCAGAGUCAGACGUGGACACGACCAGCACAGUGAGCCAGGCUGACGGAGCAAAAAAAGUAGUCCAGAAACGCCGGACUCUUGCAGCACAGCAGAAGGAGAGAACGAUAGUGUGUUCAUCCAGCAAAGGCCCCUCUGGGGCCCGGGAGACCCAAGACAGGAGGGUCAAGACUAGGGCAUCUGGUCCUCCACAGCCAAGCCGCCCCUGGACUUCCCUGGACCUCACUGAUGAUGACGUCAACUCCAACUCACUCCUCUCUGACUCCCAGCCCACCUCUACACAGGAAUCUAGAAGCUCACAUACCAGAGCCCAGGCUGUGGGAGCUAGCACCAAGUCUAGUCGGGCUAAAAUCACCCAGGCCCCAGGCUCUUCUGCAGCCAAUAAAACCGCCAGUGCUCCCAAGCCCAGGCCCACCAGGGCUUCCUUGCUGAGACGAGCCCGGCUAGGGGACUCAUCAGACACUGAACCUGCUGAUCUUGACCGGAUGUCGGUAGCCUCUGAGGCCUCUACCGCAAGUUCCACGUCCAGGACUGGUAUGGCAAGAAGGGGAAUGUCCAGAAUAGAGGCUCUGGCACAGCCUAGGAGGCCGAGGGUGGGGUCUCCGUCAGCUCAGAGUGACUCAGAGGCCACUGUGACAAGGAGAGGUCUGGGGGCCCGGAGUGCUGCAGGCGAUUAUUCCAUCAGACAAGGACUGAGAGGGGCUAAUGUCACCUCAGUGUCUGGACCCAGAGCUAGGGCUAACAGUGCUUCCAAGCUGCCUGACAAGAAUAAAGGCACCUUUUCCUCUGGACAUGUCACACCGUCAUCUGGCACUCGGUGGCGCCGCGUGCCUGUGGAGUAUGCCUCCACCUCAGAGGACGAGUAUGGCUCAAACCGCCACAUGUCCAAGCAGGGCCACUCACGGCCAUUCCCUUCCACUCGUGUAGCCCAGCUAGGAGGUUCAGCGCCAGCAACUCCUAAUCCUGCAGGCCUGGCCUCCCUGAAGCAGCACUCCAGGGAACAGGACGAGUAUAUGAGAGACUGGACAGCACACAGCGAGGAAAUAGCCAGGAUUAGCCAAGACCUAGCCAAAGACCUAGCCAUGCUUGCGAGAGAAAUUCAUGAUGUGGCAGGAGAGAUUGACUCAGUCAGCCCUGCAGCCACUGACCCUGGAGCUCUGUUGGAAGAGCGUGUGUUUGAUGACAGCUUGGACCUGGGUGGUUCCGCAGAGCACAGCAGUGUUAUGGGAACCAAUGGGCGGUCUGUGGAGCUUCGACCCCAGGGCUCUGGUGGACAGAGCUCCCGGUCCAUCCGCAGACAGACAUGGAAUAGAGAUGAUGCGGUGCUAGACAGUUUAUUACUAGCAUCUGUGACUCAACUCUCAGCUAGGAUACGUCAGUCUGUAGACAAAACAACCUGCAAAAUCAGGAUCCUCUUCAAGGAUAAAGAACGAAAAUGGGAAGAGAUUGAGAACAAACUGCAGGCAGAGCAUGACUCUUUGCUACUCAAGAGCUCCAAUAAGGAGAUAUCAAGCAUUAUUCAAGACCUGAAGAGAGUGGAGAGACAACUGCUCGUAAUCGACAUGAUGGUGGACCCAGACGGCACCCUAGAUGCCCUGUCCAAUCUGGGCCUGACCAGCCCUUUGACUGACCAGAAGAUCAACCCUGGGACUCAGCAAGGGCAGUCGGUGUUGCACCCUGGAGCUGGAGCUUCCUCCAGCACACUGUCUGCCUCCAGGCCUGAAGGCCCUGCCACUGAACCAUGUGGACCUUCAGACCAUGCAGAGGUGGCAAAGCGAGACCCAGGGCCCAAACAGAGCUCUAAAUCCUACAAUUGAUACACUAAGAACAUAAUUCAGAAUGCAUCCUUUAUUGUUGGAUAUAUCCUGAAGCUCUUGGAGACAGAUAGUGGUGUGAGGUUAGAGGAUUUUCAAGUAUUUGGUUUCAGACAAAAGGAGGAAAGCGGGAGGACAAGGAUGCCUUUUCCGUGGGAAAGCCUGACUGCCCUAACUGUCAAUCAAACUAAAUCGAGAUAGGAUUUCAAAAAGUCCAACACUACCAAAUAGCAGCUCUUGGGAUGUGAAAUAUACAAUAUGAAAACAUUACAGUAUUAAUUGAUGGGCUUAUGAAGAAGCUAUGACAUAAUAUACAGUAACCCAUGUGUGUUUUUGUGUUGCAGCUCAUUAUCCAUUAUCCUUAACAACAUUGAAAAACAAACAGUUGUAAAAGACAAGAGGAAGCAAUGUUAAAGAUUAAAUUUCCAAAUUCUCGCCAUUUAAUUACAAGCCCUUGUGUUUGAAUCGUAAGCCAGUCAGCUUUAAGUCUGGCCUUAAGUGAGCUGACUUAAGGCCAAUGCAGAAACCCAGACUAGAACGGUGCAAUGGUGUCAAAAAAAGGAUUCAGCAAAGGUAUAUGUGUGUUACUCUAUCCUGCCAUAGCAUUAUUUAUAAAAACAUAUAUAUAUGAUUGCCCUGUUGCAAUUGCAGUCCCCAAAUUUGUCUCAGUAAUGAUUUUCCAUCAGAAAAGGCCACAUUGCUCAUUUCUGGGAAAGGAACUGGGUAGGUACAGUAUGUACCAGUGUAAAUGUUUAUUAUAGUUAAAUCAAAAACUCCCGUCCAUGCCUUUUCUUCUUGUGGCGAGUUCAUUUGAAACCAGUGUAUCAAAGAUGGACCAUGUGUGUUAAUAGAAACUAUAAAAUCAAAUGUAGCUCCCAGAAAGGUUUUCCUCUUCCAAAUGUAUUUUGUCACAAGUGCCCUGGAUCAAACAAUCAUUGCAGUUGGAGGUAGAAGAUGCUACAGUGUAUAGAAGAUGGUGAGGUGGAAGUGAAAUUAGUUUUUUUGCAAAGCUGAUAUAUAUGUUAAUAUUCAUCUCUGUGGGACCAGGACAUGACAUGCCCCCUGUGACACUCCUUUAUAGUGUUAAUGUCCUCGACCAAAAACAAAGCAGGGUGAAAGCCAGCUGCCUGUAAAUGAGCAGUUUGUCAAAUUAUCUUCUGAUCACAGACAAAAUGUUGUGUUUGAACCAGCAUAGACAGGGGCUACCUCCAAGUCCUGCAGCAGCAUUUUACUGUUACAGAUGCAAUGGAAGGAUGGGAACUGUAGUUGGUUUUCCAAUGUCUUGCCUCAUACCAAUGUUUACAUAUGAAUGUAACCUGAUCAGAACUGUUGAACAAUUUUAGCCAAAACAACUUUAAUAAAGAUUAAUAACUGCAUUUUGUCUUUAUUUAUGUUUGAGCAUUUGGAGAAUUUUUGUUUGGAUGUUUUGUAUGAAGUUUUUUUUGGUUUUGUAAUGAUGUUAGGUUAAAUGUUGACCUUGCAAUACCUGUGUUUUGUUUGUCU